AAACGACUGUUGCAAAAACCUGCAAAGAAGAUCUCUCGUACAUGAGAAAGAGUGGAUACAAAAACGAAUUGCAAACAGUCGCAACGCAAACACAUCAUCCAACGAUCCAACGAGCUGCUGCUCCACCAUCCACCGUGGAAUGAAGGAAACCCAUUAAAAGCCUCCACCACAUGACACGUCGGUGGUGGAAAUGAGUCAAAGAGCAACACAUCUUAACGAUGGUGAUGCGGCCCGAAAGAACCACAUGUAACGUUGACCAGACGCUCAUGCUCCCGAAGCGAUGGCUUUGAACGUUGGCUCAGUAUCACUGGCAAACACCGCUAUCCGGCAGCGUCUUGGCAAUGUAUCGGUGUGUUAAAAUGUAUAAAGUUUCUUGCAGAUUCCCCGAGCACAACAUUUAUACCAAGCUCGCGGCCGGAAGAAGAUCGCACGUUCGACAGACUCGUUGUUGUAUGUUAUAUCCAGUGUGUCCAAAAGGGAGGGAUCUUACCGUGAACCUGACCAAUCGUAUACGCUGUUUGCCUUCAGUCUUCUUUUGCCCAUACGUGUGAGCGCUCUUCGCGACAAGUGAAUAAGAUUAGUUAACUUUACAAAUUUGAAAUAACAAUUAAAGGUGCUUAAAAAUGAAUGUGUACUGUUUAAUUUUUGCGCUAUGUCUGCUGUUUGCUGUGGUUUCUUCAGAAGCAGAAACUGGUUUUUACGUGCCCAAAGCAUACUACACAAUUGACGAACAUGGCUAUAAAUCCCCGCUCAUCUACAUUGACAAUAUUCCGCAAAUUUUCCAACGCACUAGACGAUCUGCCCAACUUCCUCCAGUUCCCAACUUUGGUUUCCCAGUAAAUUUUCCGGCAUUCCAGUUUCCUAACCCCGCACAGGGUGGCAACUUCCAGUCAGUAUCCAUUACCAGCGGAGGACCAAGUGGCUUGAACAACCGCUUCGAUGAACACGGACAAUCUGCUCCAGCAACAACGAUUAACACAUUCUCCUCUCAAAAUGGCCAUGUUACUCAGAUGACCCAUCACAUCGACAAGGACGGCAAAGUGACGACUCAUACCAACAACAAAAAGAACUAAAGACAGGUUAAUGAUCGCAAAUUUGUUCUACAGCCAACCUGCAGCAAAUGUACAGAAUUCAACAUUCUGUCAAUCAAAACAGUUCGUACUCAUGGAAGCAAUUCAAUUUCGCCAUUCACCUUCUUUCUAUUUGAAAACGGUACAAGUUUGGCUAGCGUAUAUAAUUGUGUUUGUGUGUGUCUUUUGUACUCGUGCCUAUUACCGUAAUAUUCGGCUGGAGUAUGAUGUAUAGUAUUUAAAACUGAAAUAAAAAUAAUAAAAACGAA